AUGAAGCCCAAUGGCAGCGCGCUGCUCAACGCCUCGCAGCCGGCGCCGCCCGACGGCGCGGGGGCCGGGCGGCUGCGACCCUCCUGGCUGACGUCCACGCUCGCCUUCAUCCUCAUCUUCACCAUCGUGGUGGACGUCCUGGGCAACCUGCUGGUCAUCCUGUCGGUGUACCGCAACAAGAAGCUUCGCAACGCAGGAAAUAUAUUUGUGGUGAGUCUGGCAAUCGCAGACCUGGUGGUCGCCAUUUAUCCAUACCCCUUGGUGCUGACAUCGAUAUUCAACAAUGGAUGGAAUUUGGGCUAUCUGCACUGUCAAGUGAGCGGUUUUCUGAUGGGCCUGAGUGUCAUUGGCUCAAUAUUCAACAUCACUGGGAUUGCCAUUAACCGUUACUGCUACAUCUGCCACAGUCUCAAGUACGACAAGCUCUACAGCAACAAGAAUUCCCUCUGCUAUGUGUUCCUCAUCUGGAUGCUGACACUUGUGGCGAUCGUGCCCAACUUGCAGAUUGGAUCGCUCCAGUACGACCCAAGGAUCUACUCGUGCACAUUCACACAGUCCGUCAGUUCGGCCUACACCAUAGCUGUGGUCGUUUUCCAUUUCAUCAUUCCUAUGAUCAUCGUCAUCUUCUGUUACCUAAGAAUCUGGAUCCUGGUUCUCCAGGUCCGACGCAGGGUGAAACCUGACCACAAACCCAAACUAAAACCGCAGGACUUCAGGAACUUUGUCACGAUGUUUGUGGUUUUUGUACUCUUUGCUAUUUGCUGGGCUCCACUAAAUUUCAUUGGCCUCAUUGUGGCCUCAGACCCUGUCAGCAUGGUGCCCCGGAUCCCAGAAUGGCUGUUUGUGGCUAGUUACUAUAUGGCGUAUUUCAACAGCUGUCUCAAUGCAAUUAUAUAUGGACUAUUGAAUCAAAAUUUCAGAAAGGAAUACAGAAGGAUCAUCGUCUCAUUGUGCACAGCCAGGAUGUUUUUUGUGGAUAGCUCUAAUGAUGUAGCCGAUAGGAUUAAAUGCAAGCCCUCUCCAUUAAUAACCAACAAUAACCUAAUAAAAGUGGACUCUGUCUGA